AGAGAACCGCAUUUUGUUUCUCGUCGCUUUCUCUUCCUGCAUUGUGCAUCUCCACCAUAAAAGCCCUAGCAAAACCCUGACCCUUGGAAUUCCAGCGAACCCUAAUCUUUCGCCUCCACAUUUUGUACCCAGAGGAGAAACGUCACCAAAAAUGGCGAAGAAGAAAUUGACCCGUCAAAGCAGUGGAGCCAUUGAGCAAACCCGCAACCACAAACUCCCUGACACUGACCUCAAAGCCACGGCUUUAAGCCGUCAAUCCUCCAUGGACGACCACUACUCCUCCGAGGAUAAGGUCCAGAGCCUGAAGUCUCUCAACUCGAUGCUUCUCAAGGAGACGGUGGAGAAGAGGCAGCAGAUCGAGUCUCUGUCCCAGGCCAAGGAUGCGUUGGAGGCCGAGUUGGUUCGCUCCGGGUCGGAGAAGACUGGGUUGCGGGACGAGUUGAGUAGGGCGAAUGAUGAGAACAUCGGGUUGAAGCUGGAAAUGGCUCUGGUUGUGGCUUUUGUUGAGAGUCAAUUGGCGGUGAUGGGUGAUGGUGUUGAUGGGUUGGUGAAGGAGAAGAGUGAGAGAGAGGGUGUGAUUAGGGUUUUGAAAAGAGAAGCAGAUGAGUUGGUGGGUAAGCUCGAGAGCGAGAGAGAAUGGUUAAGUAGGGUUUGCGAAGAGAGGGAUUCGAUCAAGAGUGGGUUUGAGUUGCAGAAAGAGGAAACGAAUCGGUUGAGGGAGAACUUGACUGAACUGGAUAGGAAAGAAUCGAUUUUGGUAGAUGAAAUUGAAAAUUUGAAAUCCGAAAACGUUGGAUUGGUGGAGGAGAAGGAGAACAGGGACGAGUUGAUUGAGCAGGCGAAGAGGGAGAGGAGUAAUCUAGAGAAGGCCUUAGAGGAGAGAGCUGGGGAAAUCAAUGGCCUGACGAGCGAAAUAGAAAGGCUUGUGAGAGACAAGGAGGAGUUGGAGAUAGGAAAACUCGGCAAAGAGGCGAAAAUCAACGAGUUGGAGAAGAAGUUGAACAAUUUGGGUGAGAUUGUUCAGAGUGUGAGAAAGGAAGAGCGAGUUUUGCAGGAACAUGUUAUGGGGUUGGAGAAGAACCGCGAUGAGGCUAUGGAGAAAGAAAAGGCGAUGGUGGUACAGAUUGGUGCGUUGGUGAAAGAGAAGGGUAUUAUGGAGUCAGAGAUGGAGAAGAUAAUGGAGGAGAAGAAUUUGGUUAACGAACAAAUGGAGACUGUCGUCGUUGAGAGCUCUGCUAAGGAUAAGUUGAUUGAUGUUUUGUCUAAGAAGAGAAAUGAGCUAGAGGGGCAUAUAGUUAACAGGGAAACUGAUCUUGUUGAGCUGAAAAGGAAGGUUGGAGAUCUAAAGUGCGCAAUCGGUGCACUGGAAAAGGAUAACAGAGAUCAAUUGGAGAAGAAUGAGAAGCUUAGUCACGAAGUUAACUGGCUUAGAGACGCUCUCUCGCAAGCUGAGCUUCGGAGAGGGCAUGCAGAGAAGGCACUUGAUGAGGAGAAGAGAAACAGAGUAGACCUCAAGUCAAAAGUUACUGAAUUGGAGAAAGCAAUUGAAUCAACCAUUAAAGAGCUCGAUAAGAUCAAGAUUGAGCGUGAGAGCUUGGUCAGAGAGAAAACGGAAGUGGAGAGUCAAUCAGAAUCAUUGAAAAACGAAAAGGGUAUGCUUGAAAACAAUCUUGUUAACGCCAAGAAAGCCAUGGAUGACCUGAAAGCAGAGGUAGAAUCUGCCCGAGCAGACAAAGAACGUUGCUUGGCAAUGGUGACGAGCACUGCAUCUCUGCUCUAUCGAUCACAGAACGCCAAAGAUGGAUUCAAGUCCAAGGAGAAGGAUAUUGAUCCAUACACAAUGGAGCUGGAAGCGAUCAAGAACGCGUUCAAGAAUAAAGAGGAGGCAGUAGAGGAGAUGAGGAAGAAAGUCGAGAUUAUGAAGCAUGCCAUGGAGGAGGCAGACAAGAGGAAAAACUUCUGGGCCAUUGUUUCAUCAGCAGCAACCCUUUUGGCAGCUGCUUCAGUUGCAUACGCUGCUAAGAUUCACUGAUGGUACUGUCCCCUUAGCUCUCUGACGUUAUUACCGCAUUCGAGUUUCCUGCUUUGAUCAAAUGAACUCUUAUAGCCAUUUUGAGAGUAUGUUUAUGCUUUAAACAUGCCUCCUUGCAAAUAAGCUUUGUUCUCAGACUCGAUGACUGUUAUCAGGUGAAGUAAUAUUGUUCCCUUCGUCCUU